AUGUCAAAGCCUGUGCCUUACACCGAUAGUAUGCAGAGCAUAUGGGCAACUAUCGAGGAUUCUCUAAAAGCUGUACACGCUCAGACCGAUGGGCUUCUGAGCUCAGGGCCAAAGCUGGAGGACGUCCAGAAAGAAAUUGACCCGUUGAGCAAGGAGAUCGCGGCUGAACAAGAGACAGUGCAUGCUGAAAUUUCGAGCCUCAAGGAAGUGGCUCGGGUAGACAUCCAGAAGCAGGUGAUAGCGGCGCUAGACGAUCACAUCAAGUCGCAGCUCCAACAGGAGAUAGCGAGCCAAGUGAAGGCUCAAUUCGAUGUGCAGAUCAGGGCGUAUAUCCCUGUGCCGAUGUCCAAGCAGGUAGAAGAAAACAGGGCCCAGAUUGAGAAAGUGAAGCACUCGCGGGUCAAUGAAGACGCUCGGCGAGAGAACUCGAGCAUCCAGGAUACGGAUUUGAAUGAGAGUCUCAAGCCCGUCCUGAUGGGUAAUGGCGAGAUCAGCAGUGUCUAUCCAGCGGAUCUACUGUCUCUGUUUGCUUACGACGAUGAAUCAUUGAGCAAACUGCUUGACGACUACGGGCUUCCAAAGGAUGGGCCAAUGGAAACUAGCGUAAACCGAUUCAUGGCGCACAUUGGUAUAACAUCGUGGAAAGUGUUCCCCUCUCCAACAUAG